GAGCGAUGAGCAAGAAGGACGACGACAACAUUUCCGAGGAUUACCCUUACCAAUGGACCCCGAAGUCCGAGGGGAAUUUGCAGGACUUCCUGGGAAAGUACAAACCGUCAAUGGUACAAAAUGACGGGACCAAACCGUGGCUGUGGGUCGCGAAGUCUGACCGCCCUCGAGAAGUUGAGGAUGCCGAGGCAGCUAUCAAGGAAGCCGCAGACUAUCUCACCGAAGUCACGGAUCGUGUGCAGAAGAUACAGAACGACGACUCCAUCCCUGUGCGGGCGAACAAGAAGAAGGGUCUCAAGAGCAAGAAGGAACUACGCGAAGAGGUCCAAAAUGAAGCCACACAGAAGCUAAAAGAAAUCGCUGUGAGGCAUGGCUAUGUCUCCGGAAAAUGGCUCAUCUUUGCCCCUCCCGAGAAGGUAGACAUGAUAUGGAGUUCUCUUGCAAACUCGCUCGUCUCGGGCCCGCUGUCCUCUACAAGUGCCUUCCUUGCCAAGGUCGCGACCAGCCCGCAGAAUGACACACCUAAUUACUCGCACCUGAUAUGCGUGUACAUGCCUGACGCUUACGAUCAGGGCAGCGUUACGGAGGUCAUGAAGGUGCUCCUUCGCAACCACGGCAUAAACUUGAUGGGAGUCAAGACGAACCUGUACACGUCAAUAGGCCUUGAUAGCAAGCAUCCCAGCGGUGUCUCAUCGACGGUCUGGAAAAACACAGCCCUCAUGAAGGACACCGAAAUCAAGGCGCUCAAAGACGAAUAUUAUGCUGAGCUCAAUGCCGCGAAGACCGCAGCAGUGGAGGAAGCAGCCUCCAAGAAGGCUGAGAGCGGUGCAGCCACCAGACCGAAGCCGAAGCCGAAGCUCAAGGACAAAGCUGGGGCGGACGACCCAUUCGCUUCCGACGACGAGGGUGACACAGAGGACACCAAGCCGACAAGUAAGAAGGCUGCAAAACCAGCCCCUUCGUCCGGCUCCAAAGCGAAAAGACCCGUACCCAAGAAGGCCAAAGUGGCCAACGACUUUGCAUCAGAUAGCGAUGACGGGGAAGCGGAGGCCGCGCGUAAGGCGGAAGUGAAGGCAAAGAAGGCUGGCACGACCAAGAAGCGCAAGGGCGCCGAGUUGGACGAGGAGGUGGAGGAAGAGGCGCCAAAAAAGAAGAGGUGGCGGGCGUGACUGCGAGUUCCCUGGGACACUUUUCAUUUCUCGUGCAGUACCUCGUGCUCUCAUGCUUGCCGCUGUCGCUGACCAGUCGCUCUCCGCUUUAAUCAUUUAUUCGAUGUUCC